GCUACUAUAGAAAUAGAUAAAACAGAUAAAACAGAUAAAACAGAUAACGUAGUACAACUUCGUUUAUCAGGUGCUGAAAAUCAUGUAACGCGUUCUCCGGGCAUUGGUUUAUUCUAUAGCAGUGUUGGAUCUAAGGUUCCGCUAUCUUUCUCUCACUUUAUAAAACAUUUCCCAAUCGUGCCUCAAAAUCUCGUUUUUAUCACAAUUCGACCUAUAGCCGUUCCAGUAGUCGGUGACAAUGAUCGUUUAAUAGUGAAAAAAGUUGGAAAGUAUGAAGGUUGUUAUCAUGCAACUGCCAGAUAUGGUUAUUAUGAAGAAGUCUCACAAGGAAGAGAAUUUAUUUUACAAUUAGUUGAAUCAAUUCAAAAUGUUGACCCUGCUAACAAAACUUUAAUGAAUGACAUUAAUUUUGAUAGUAAAACGAUCACAUAUGUUUUAGGUGAACUAUCAUUUUAUCCUAAGCCUGGUUCUCCAUGGUGGAGAAAGGCUUUGGUUAAUAUGUAUACUUUUUUGGUAAUUAACUCGAGAAGACAAUAUGAUAAUUUGAAUAUUCCAGUUGAGGGUACUCUUGGUGUGGGUCUGAAGGUUGCGCUUUAA